GCUACCGCUGCGGUCACACUGGUCGUGUCGCACAAAUAAAAUAAUAAAAGAAAAGCAGAAGGCAAAAUAAACAGCCGACCCGAUAACUGAGCACAAAAAUAAGGCGUACGUAGUAUAGACGAGCAGGCAAACAAGGCGGCUGUGCGGGGCGGAGAUCCUUCUUACCGGAGCGGAGUGGAGCUGAGCGUGACAAUGGGCGCCUGUGUGUGUCGCAUGAACCCCGACAACGAGACGAUGAGCGUCUCCUCGGCGAGCAUCUCGCGUCCGGCCAGCGCAGGCAUUGCCAUGGGCGCUGCGCGCAAGAACCGACCGCUCUGCCACGAGACCAUCCGGUGGCGGUCCGACGUCCCACUCACCGAGGGGCAGCUGAGGUCGAAGCGGGACGAGUUCUGGGACACGGCGCCGGCCUUCGAUGGCCGCAAGGAGAUCUGGGAUGCGCUGCGGGCGGCCACCAACGCGGCCGAGGGCCUCGACUUUCAGAUGGCGCAGGCCAUCCUGGACGGGGCCAAUGUCUCAGUCCCGAAUGGCUACCUCACAGAAUGCUACGAUGAGCUGGGCACCCAGUACAAGGUGCCCAUUUACUGUCUGUCAUAUCCCAUAAAUAUCGUCAAGGAGGAGAACGGACGCGACUCGCCUGCCGAAUACUCUGAGCCAGUGGAUGGCGGAACCGAGAUCUUUCUGAAGCUGCGCAUAUCAUCGACCAUGAGUGAUGUUAAGCUGCCGGUGUACUCCAAGGACACCGUGGGGCAGUGCAAAAAGAAGCUUCAGGCCGCCGAGGCUGUCGACGCCUGUUGCCAGAGAUGGUUCUACAGCGGCAAGUUGCUGGGCGACAAGGUGCCCAUCGACGAGUGCAGCAUACACCAGGGCUACGUGGUGCAGGUUAUUGUGAACACAGAGCACUACAACCACGACAAUAGCACGAGUACGGCGCAUGCCAGCUAGCGGCGCAGUCAACUCCCACUAGUCAACAGCAAUAGCAACAGCAAGGAGCCACGACAGCAGCCGCAGGAUCAGCAGCAGCAGCAGCAGCAACAACUUUUGGCCAAAGCGGGCAGCGGCAUUCGAGGGAGAAGGACUGCCAUAUACUCAGUUCACAGCACAAGGAACCUUAAGGGGAAUGUACAGCAAACACCAGAGCAUCAGCGGGUACAACAGCAACAGCAUACUCAUUGCAUUUAUCAAAAUAAGCAACAAUUGCAAAUUGUAGCUCUGUCUGCCUUGUUGCUGUUGCUGUUGUUGUGGCUGCUCGCCUUGUUAUGCUUUGUUUAAUAUAUCUAUAUAUAAAAUAUGAAACAAAAGAUCGAAACCGAGUUGCUGAGGAAGGGAAAUCGGAAUGGGAAAUGAUUAUAAGAUACAUAAAUUAUAAACCUACAUAUAUUUUUUUGAUAAUAAUUACUUGAUAAUAAUGCAACUGAUUUAGGCGGUCUACAAAGCAUAUACUGUCCACUGUAUAUGGAACCUGCUGUAUUGAGCAUUGUAACCGAAAUUUUCUCGGGCACUCGUCUAUUGAAAAACUGAAAAAUGUGUAAAUUUUUAUAAAAACCAAAAUGAAAGGCCUCUAUUAACUAAUUGUAAGCAAGUGCUAGAUCAUUUGCCUAAUGUACAUGUAAUGUAAAAAUAAACAAGAACUGUAGUAUUUGGCCGCAAUAGAAAGCAUGCAACAAACAAUUUUUGAUACUGUACAAAAUGCCAAUCACAAUAUUAUGAAAGUGAACAUAAUUGUGACAAAACCCAGAGAAAACACAAAUUGUUAAGCAAAUUACUUGCUCAAAUGUAGUUAACACGAAUGAGGGGAACACAUCGCGAGAACAGAGAUGGAGUGCGAGGUAGGGAGUUGAAGAGUUAACCCAAGUACCUUAUAAAUGUAUAUGAUUUAAUUUGCUUUUAGAGUCAAUAAUUUAUCUCUCAAGCACAUCAAUUUCUUGUAUAAUUUCUUUAAUAAAUUCGGUAUGGUCAAAUGGCCGUUUUAAGUGCGCUGAA